UUCACAAUAUCUAAAAUGUUUCAACAUUUAAAUAAAUUACAUGAUCAAGAUCAAAUUGCCCUAAAAUCCAUUUUAUUUCAACAAAUGAUAUCUUAUUAAGUUUUACCAAGUGUGAACAAAGCUCAGCUCCGACUCAUGUCAUAAUUACAUUGCCACUCUCUCUACACUUAUUCUAGAGUCUUUAUCCUCAAGAAAAGAUUUGUUCUUAAAAAUCUGAGUCUCAAACAUCGAUAUUAAUUUGUCUCUCUCUCUAGGGUUUUCUCUCCAGAGCUUCCUUCCAUAUAUGGCUUCUUCAUCGUCUCGAAAGGCCUGCUUUCAGUGUGAAAACUCCAAUUCUGUCCGCUUCAAAAACGGUUGGCGUCUUCGCAGCGGCCAGUUCGCUCAGUUAUGCGAUCGAUGCGGUUCUUUGUAUGAGGAGGGAAGAUUCUGCGAAAUGUUUCAUUCAAAUGAUGAUGGUUGGAGGGAUUGUGAAUAUUGUGGGAAGCUGGUUCACUGUGGGUGUAUUGCAUCAUUCCAUGCAUAUAUGUUAUUGGACAUUGGUGGAGUGAUUUGCAUGGAAUGCUCAAAGAUUAAUUUUAUUCGGGCACGAAGACGUUGCCUUUCUUCUGAAACUCAGAUAGGAAACAGAGAACCUCAAGGGGAUGCUGCUAGGGAUCUCCACAUAGAUCCUCAAUAUUGUCCUCGGGUGUCUAAUCUAGAGGUACAGCAGGUCUCUAGAGGCUCAAAUUCCAUUGUCAUUCCUUUGUUUGAGAAAUCAUUGUCUGCUAGUGAUGCUGACCAGAAGCUGGCUCGUCUUGUUAUACCAAAAAAAUGUGCGGAGGCUUUUUUCCCCAACAUUUCUGUGCCACAUGGGUUCCCCAUCAAAAUCCAGGAUACAGAUGGCAAGGAAUGGGAAUUUCAAUUCCGUUAUUGGCCCAAUGGUAGCAGCAAGAUGUAUGUUUUAGAAGGGCUUAAAGAUUAUAUGAUUUUGAUGCAAUGGCAAGUGGGUGACAUUGUGACAUUUUAUCGUAUUGAACCAGAGGGAAAGCUGGUCAUGGGAUUACGAAAGACUUUAGCUGGGCCACCACCUGAUGAGAUUUCGCCUCAAGAUCGUAUUCUCCAAAAGCCAUUGUGAAAUUUGUGCUUCCCCCUGGAUGCUAUUGAUGGUUUUCGAUGCACUAGUCUUUAGUCAACCAACUGGCAGUUGGUGUGUCUGUCAUAGAACCUCCCGUCUCAAACUUUUAAGUUACUUUACCUUCCUUUUCUUUUUCGUUUUUUUUGGUGGUUGUCAGAUCCUUGAAUGUUUUGUAGAAGUAGAUUUACUUGCUAUGCAAUGUGUAGUUGAGGAUUGUUCCGUAGACAAAAUUUAUGUUUGCUUGGCCCCUUGAA